CUUUCUGGAAGAUCAAAAGAUUUCAGCGUGAAGGUUGUAUCAGCUAUGGGCUGCUGAAGGUAUUAUAUCAUUGGAAGGUAACCAAGGAGAGGAGACAGCAAUGAUGGAGAUAGGGGAACAUUAUCUGCAUGAGUUAGCUAUAUCCAAUGCUCUUUUUCCAACCCAAUAAAGCUUACAAGUUUCUCUUACACUGCUUAAAUUCCUAACAAUGGUUAUAGCUUUCUCAAAUCUCCACUCUGAAUCUGGUCUCAAGUCUAUUAAUGACCAUCUUUCUAGAAAAUCUUAUAUCUCUGGAGAUCAAUUGAAAAAGGAUGAUAUUAAGGUGUAUGGGGAAAUCUUGGAGCAGCCUAGUUCAGAUAGUUAUCCCAAUGCUAGUAAAUGGUACCAAGCUGUUUUUGCUAAACUUGCAUCAAGUUUUCCUGGGAAAGCUGUUGGUGUGAUAUUUGGAAGCCAAACUGCUCCUACUAUAGCUGCAGCAGCUAAGAAAGCAGCUAAGCCUUCUGAUGAUGACAUCGAUCUCUUUGGAGAAGAGACAAAGGAUGAAAAGAAGGCAGCAGAAGCAAGGGAGGCUACGAAGGCAUCUACCAAGAAGAAAGUGAGUGGGAAGUCAUCCGUUCUUAUGGACUUUAAGCCUUGGGAUGACGAAACUAACAUGAAGAAACUUGAGGAUGUUGUUCGCAGUAUUGAGGUGGAAGGUCUUCUCUAGGGAGAAUCCAAAUUGGUCCCGGUUGGCUACGAAAUUAAGAAAAAGCAGAUCAUGCUUA